CUCCGUCCCAUUGUCCGGUAAACGGGUCGCACGGGGAACGAUGUUACCCCGAUGGAAAGUCUUCGUAUCGCUCGUUACGAUUGGCCUGCUGCUCGCACCAUGUCACUGCAACUUGCCGCCAAUAUUCACCCAGGACAUGAACAAUCUCGCCCUGUCCGAGCAGACACCGGUCGGGACAGUUGUGUACAAGCUCGAAGGUUACGAUCCCGAGGGCGGUAACGUUUCGUUCGGUUUGAUCGGAUCGGAUAACUUCAUCGCCGAUCCCAUCUCGGGCGACGUGCAGGUGAUCAAGGAGCUCGAUCGUGAGGCUCAGGAUACGCUGUCCUUCUCCGUAUCGAUACGGGAUCGAGUUAGUGCGACCGGCAUUGAGUCGGAGAAUGAUAACAUCGUCAACGUUCCGAUCACUAUCAUCGUGCUGGACGAAAAUGAUAACCCGCCGGAGUUUCAGAAUGUACCGUACGAAACGGAAGUGCUGGAAAAUGCUCUACCGGGCACGACCAUAUUCGACGGCAUUCUGGUAACGGACCGGGACACCGUAGGUGAGAAUCUGGAUGUGUCGUGCAUUCCUCAGCCUCAGAAUCCGGAUGCGUGUGAAAAGUUUGCCAUCGAGGUGACGGAGAGUCAGCAGGAUCGGUUAACGGCGGCGGUCGUACUGAAGGAACCGCUUGACUAUAACGAUCGGAUGAUCUACCAGGUGUUACUGGAUGCAAGCGACGGGUUGUACAAUGCAUCCGCAGGGUUGGAGAUUCAUGUGCGCGAUGUGCAGAAUGCACCGCCCGUCUUCCAGGGUUCGCUGGCUGCGGUGAUCAACGAGGAUAGUCCUAUCGGAACGCUGGUAAUGGUGAUCCAAGCACGGGACGGCGAUCGAGGCCAACCAAGAAAGAUAGUUUACGAGCUGGUGACAAAUCCAAUGGAUUAUUUCCUACUGGACAAACAUACCGGUGAGCUGCGGACGGCCAAACCACUGGACAAGGAAGCCCUACCGGAUGACACCGGUCUAAUCAUACUCACGGUAAAAGCUCGUGAAGUUGUAGAUGGUGUGCCGGGUAACGAUAAUCUAACGGUUGCCACCACACAAGCUUCGAUUACGAUCCGCGACGUGAACGAUUCACCGCCCAUGUUCAACAAAACCGAGUACUUUGUGUCGCUGUCGGAAAACACGGCCCCUGGCACGCCACUACCGCUCGAGAUAAGUGUGCGCGAUCCGGACGUGGGCGAGAAUGCAGAAUUUUCGCUGCGCCUCAACGACGUCUCGAACGUGUUCGACGUGGAACCGAAGCUGGUCACGGGCUCAUCGCAGAUAAGCAUUCGCGUCGCUAAUGGCACACUCGACUACGAGAAUCCGAACCAGCGCAAGUUCAUCGUGCUAUUGAUAGCGGAAGAGACCAAAACGAACCCGAAGCUAUCGUCGACAGCCACGCUGACCGUGGCCAUUACGGAUGCGAACGAUAAUCGGCCCAUAUUCGAGCAGGAUUCCUAUUCCACAACCGUAUCCGAGACAGCCCAUCCAGGCCAUCUGAUAACGACGAUCACGGCGAAAGAUCUCGAUUCGGGUCUGUACGGUGAUCAGGGCAUACGGUACUCACUGUCCGGUACGGGUUCGGAGCUGUUCUCCGUCGACGCGAUAACUGGUGCCAUCGCGGUAGCCGAUUGUCCGUUGAAAGCGGUUGGACCGGCAGCAACUGGACCAGUGGUACGACGCCGACGACAAAUACCGACCCUGGCCGACCUACAGCACGAGUAUCCGGACCGGAAUCAUCUAAACACGUCGGCGUCCCGAGGCGUCGAGUAUAUGACGUACCGCAUUGUCAACAGUGGCGAAUCAAACGAAUUUCACGACGUGAACGUAAUCGCACCACCAACGAUAUCGACACUGUACGACAGUUUCGAAACGACCACUUCCGACCAGCUGGACUUGGGACGUACGGACGACCUGGGCCUACCGACUACGGUCCGCAUUGAACCGUUGCACACGAACGACAUACAGCACCCCCGGCAACCGAUUGGUCCCGGCAAAGCGCCCUGUUUAGACUACGAAACGCAAUCGGUUUACUACCUUUCCUACCGUGCCACCGACGAUGAAGGCCGUGGACAAACAUCCGUCGUAUCGGUACGCAUCAGUUUGCUCGAUGCGAAUGAUUCACCACCGGUUUGCGAAAGUCCGCUCUACCGGGCGUCGGUCGAUGAAGGUGCAACGGUGUUCGAGCCACCGCUCAUCAUUAGGGCCCGGGAUCCGGACGUUGUUUCCGAAAUCAACUACCGGAUCAUUGGCAACGAGGCCGUCACACGACAUUUCGAAAUCGAUAAACGUACCGGUCAGCUGACGAUAUCGAAAUCGGUUGCGCUCGAUGUGAACCAUCUGAAGUCGGAAAACGUGUUCUUUGGCGUUGAGGCCACCGACGGGCUGUACACGACGCUCUGCAAUGUGAACAUCACCAUCCGAGACGUUAAUAACCACGCACCACAGUUUGCACGGCAAAACUAUCUCACCUCGAUCGAGGAAAACUUUCCAAUCGGAACCAUAGUGGAGCGCUUACAAGCCAUCGAUUUGGACACGGGAAUAAAUGCGGAGAUCAGGUACCGUAUCCAGCAGGGUAGUUUUGAUGACUUUACCAUCGACAAUACGACCGGAGUGGUUAGCAUUGCUCGCAAGCUGGACUUUGAUCGGCGCAAUACGUACCAGAUGGAGAUCGUAGCGUCGGAUUCCGGCACACCGAGCCUGUCCGGUACGACCAUGCUGACGGUAAGCAUUAUCAACAGCAACGAUAAGGCACCGUACUUUACCCCAACAACGCAACGGGCUGAGGUGAGCGAAGAUGCACCGAUUGGGACGCUCGUGCACACGCUGGUUGCCGUCGAUCCGGAUGUGGCGUCCAGUGAGUCGCUCGAUUAUGCUGCCACCGAACCGAUAACGGCGGUGGACAAGAACGGCAAGGAGGUGGGCGAGAUGGAAGAUUUUAAGGAUAUGUUUAUGAUCGAUCGUUCCGGCAAAGUGUUUGUUAAUCGGCGGCUGCUGCGGGAUAGCUUUGCGGUCAUCCGCAUCACCGUACUCGUCACCGAUACGACAGCACCGUCAAUACAGCAGGGCGAAGGACUGCUCAUCAUCACGAUUACGGACGUUAAUGAAGAGCCACCGCUCUUUGCGCCGCCCUGGACACCGGAGAAUCCACACUAUCGCUACCAGGUAGUUGAAGAGCAACCGCUCGGCACCAUCCUGACGACGGUGCAAGCAACAGAUGCCGACUCAACGAUUGCCGAAUACCGGAUGACGGAGAACAGCUUUUUCGAGAUUCACAACACCACAGGGCUGGUGCGGAGCAAAGCUCGCAUCGACUACGAGACAGCACCGGUGAUAAAGUUCAACGUGUCCGUCGUCGAUACCGGCGUGCCGCAGCUUACCUCGACCGCUCAGUUCACGGUGGAUGUGGUUAACACGAACGACAACGAUCCGGAGUUUGAGCAGCCAGAGUACAUGCUGCAGGUGCGCGAGAACAGUCCGGUCGGUACGGUGGUAGGUGUGGUGCGGGCCCACGAUGCGGAUGCCGGUUUGUACGGUCAGCUGACGUACACGAUCGUGGGCGAUCAUAGUGGCAACUUUGCGAUCGAUCCGGACACGGGUGCCAUCACGGUACACAACGCAUCCGCGCUCGAUCGGGAGGCGGAACAGGAGGCAAGCCUGACGGCGAUUGCAACGGACCGUGCGCCGGAAGGGAUGAGACGGUCCACUACCGUCCCGGUGCAGAUACGGAUACUGGACGAGAAUGACAAUGGGCCAACGUUUUCGCAACAGAUCUAUCACGCAACGGUGGCGGAAAAUGCGGCACUCCAUCCACCGGCGGCCAUUUUGCAGGUAACGGCCACAGAUCCGGACGAGGGACCGGCAGGAGACGUCAAGUAUGCCAUUCUGUCAGAUAAUGUCGGGGGAAUUUUCCGCUUGGACGCUAACUCGGGCAUCCUCUAUCCUGGGGCGAGUUUAAUUGGAAAAAGUGGUCAGUACCGCAUCAAUAUCGAGGCGCGCGAUGGAUUAGGUUCGGGACCGCACAACGAUGCAGCCACAAUAGUGAUCGAAAUCCAGAGCAUCAAUCAGCAUCGUCCCGUGUUCAUCAUGCCGGCACUCUACAAUGCCACGGUCGAAAUACCGGAGAACCUUGCCACACCAGAUUACUUGGUGAUGACCGUUAAAGCAACCGACAACGAUUCCGGUUCCAACGGUAAAGUCCUGUACUAUCUGCAGGUCAACAGUGUUAACGUGCAGGAAACCGACGAGUUCAGCAUCAACGAAAUGUCCGGCGAGUUACGCAUCCGCCGCCAGUUGGAUCGGAAGCGACAGUCGCGGUACGAGCUGAUUCUGGUUGCCCGUGACCAGGGUACGCCCGCAUGGUUCGAAACGUUACGGUUUCUUACCGUGCUGCUGGUGGACGUGAACGAAAACUAUCCCGAGUUUCCGGACGCAUCGAAUCCGUACAAAUUUUUCAUCACCGAAAAUGGUGCGCGAGACGUGCGCAUCGGUAAGAUACAGGCCUUCCUGGACAGCCCUAACCCGGCCAUCUUCUACUACAUGCUGCUCGGCAACGAAGAUGGUGCGUUCUACGUGGACAAAACGAGCGGUGACCUGUACACGAACCGGUCCAUCGAUCGGGAAGUGAACGAUAUGUACGUGCUGUACGUGCUCGCCAGCAAGCAGUCCGAUUUGUACAUUAGCGAGCAUGAACGUGCGCUCCUAUCGAUGGAACAGCUUGAACGGAACGCAACCGUGGCGAAGGUGUGGGUUAACGUGCUCGACAUCAACGACAAUGCACCAGUUUUCAAGCGAGAUGUGUACUAUGCCGGUAUCAGCUCGAAGGCUUCGAUCAACGAGCUAGUAACGAUCGUUAACGCGACCGAUCGCGAUUUGGGCGUGAAUGCUACGCUCGAUUUGUUCAUACGUGGGUCGUAUCUUUACAAGUAUGGUGCCAGCAAAACGACGGGAAGCAUUGUACCGAGCCCGUUCGCUAUCUCGAAAGAGGGUCGAGUGGUGACCGCCAACUAUAUGGCGGAGUACAAUCAGGAUCGGUUCGUGUUGGAGAUUGUCGCGAAGGAGGUAGAGUCACCGGAGCGAGAAGCAGCGGCACGUGUGCAUGUGUGGAUCUUCAAUCCGGAACAGUUGGUGCGCAUGAUACUGUCGCGUCCACCGUCCGAGGUGCAUCAGGAUCGCGAUGAGAUCGUGUCGGAGCUGGGCAAUGCAACGCAACGGCUAAUUAUUGUCGAUGAAAUCCGGUACCAUGUGGAUAGCCACGGCCGCAUACGGAUGGAUUGGUGUGAUAUGUAUUUCCACGCCGUUGAUAUGACAACGCAAAUGAUCGUUCCGGUCGAGGAAAUUCUGCGAGAAAUCGAUGCUAAAUACGAUUUUCUUCAGGAUUACAAUGCUGGAUUCUCGAUAUUGAAUGUGGUUCCGGCAUACGCUACAGUAACGCAGGAUGAGUUUGAUCUAGCAUUGGCAGCAUUGAUCGCACUGUUCAUAGUGUUGUUCGUUGGAGCAGUUAGUGUCAUCGUGCUCUGCUGUUGUUUGAAACACUGGUCGAUCACGAUACCGAGCGAAACGAGGCGAAAGGAUGCACUGAUCAAAAAGCAGAUCAUUGAAGAUUUAAACACAACCGAAAAUCCACUCUGGAUCGAGCAGAAGCUAAAGCUGUACGAAGAGCAGGAGCUAACGAUGCAAGUAUUCUCCGAGCCGGAAAUGUCCCAGCAGCAGUCGAUGAACCACACAAACAGUACCAACAGCUCGCAAGAUCCAUCCUCGCAGCUCUCGCUUACGCUUGGGCUCGAGCAUCAUCAUCCGAUGCAUCAGCAGCCUCCACCGCAUCUGUCACAGCAUCGUCGAGAUUCGUACGAUUUGUCACAGGCCGGUGAUAAUACGUACGCUACCAUACAACCGCGCAACUACGGUACCAGCAAUCUUAGCACGGUGCUGGGCAGCUCCAUCGUACCACCGGCUGGCCUGAGUUCGUCCGGCGUUACAAGCACCAGUGCAACGAGCUCGAGUGAAGUUGCGGACUACGCUACGCUGCGCAAUAGUCGAGCACCUUCGCAACUGUUCGAGUUCCGUGGGUCCACGUUUCAGGUGCAACAGCCCGGCGGUGCCGAUCAGCCAGAUUACGUGACGGAGCUUAUGUAG